AUGCACAGUCCGGUCCCGCUCCUCCUCCUCCUCCUCUGCACGGCCGCGGCGGCCUCCGAAGGCUCCCCGUCCCAGGCACCGGGGGCGGCGCGGCGGGGGAUGGUACCGGUGGCCCCCGCGGAGGCGGAGCUCGGCGCCAUGGCGCUCGCCCUCAACGACACGCGGCGCCGGCUCGGGGGCAGCUUCCAGCUCUGCGCGCCCUGCACCUGCUGCGGCGGGGCCAGCGGCGCCUGCGUCCUCGCGCCCUGCUGCUACUCCAUCAACUGCAACAUCCCCAACCGCCCCUUCGGGUACUGCUCCUUCACGCCCAAGUCCUGCGAGUGCAGCGGAUGCAACCUGUGA